UUUUCUCUCACUCUCACACUCUCUGUCACACACACACACUUCCAUACUCCCCUUCCUUUCUCUCUCUCUCUCAAUUUCCUCUGCUCUCGUCUAUUUCUGCAACAAAUCUAGGGUUCUAAUCCCCAAUUACACCUUCACCAAUCACAAUCCUCUGCCUUUUUCAGUUCAGAUCUAUUGGGAAAAUAAACAUAGAGGGUCUGAUCAUGAUCUUCUGAUUUCUAGAAAGAAGUUAAAAGGUAUAUCCUACUUGAAAAAUAGUUGGUGGUAAAAUGAGAGGGAGAUCUGACGAAGUACAGAAGAAGCGCCUGAUCACUGUUCUAGUGGGUGCAGCAAUUGUCCUUGGUUUUCUGUAUGUAUAUCAGGGAUCUAUUUUUGGUUCACAAAAUAGUGGUGCAACAGCUUUAGAGUAUGGCAGCAAAUCUUUGAGAAAAUUAGGUUGGGGUGGGGAUGAAGAUGCAGAUGACAUCUCCUCCAAGUUUUCCCAAGAAGAUGGAGAUGAUGGUGUUAUGUCCAAAAGCUUCCCUGUCUGUGACGAUCGGCAUUCUGAAUUGAUUCCCUGUUUGGAUAGACAUCUUAUAUACCAACUGAGAUUGAAGUUGGACUUGUCUCUGAUGGAGCACUAUGAAAGGCACUGCCCCCCUCCGGAGAGGCGCUACAAUUGUUUGAUCCCACCACCAAAUGGGUACAAAGUCCCAAUUAAGUGGCCUAAAAGCAGAGAUGAAGUGUGGAAAGCAAAUAUACCUCACACUCACCUUGCUCAUGAGAAAUCUGAUCAAAACUGGAUGGUUGUGAAAGGUGAAAGAAUUAAGUUUCCUGGUGGAGGCACUCACUUCCAUUAUGGUGCUGGCAAGUAUAUUGCUGCAAUGGCAAAUAUGCUUAACUUUUCAAAUAACGUCAUUAACGACGAAGGCAGGCUGAGGACUGUUCUUGAUGUGGGCUGUGGUGUUGCAAGUUUUGGAGGUUAUCUACUCUCUUCCGAUGUCAUUACUAUGUCCUUAGCACCAAACGAUGUUCAUCAAAACCAAAUCCAGUUCGCAUUGGAAAGAGGGAUUCCUGCAUAUCUUGGCGUUUUAGGCACAAAGAGGUUACCAUAUCCUAGCAGGUCGUUUGAGCUUGCUCACUGCUCUCGGUGUAGAAUUGAUUGGCUUCAAAGGGACGGUAUAUUACUGCUUGAGUUAGAUAGGGUACUGAGACCAGGUGGCUAUUUUGCUUACUCUUCUCCUGAAGCAUAUGCUCAAGAUGAAGAGGAUCUUAGGAUAUGGAGAGAAAUGAGUGCUCUUGUCAAGCGUAUGUGUUGGGAAAUCGCUGCAAAACAAAACCAAACUGUAAUUUGGGUCAAGCCUUUAAACAAUGACUGCUACAUGCAGAGGCCUGCUGGUACUCAACCUCCCCUUUGCCGAUCAGAUGAUGACCCAGAUGCUGUUUUGGGUGUGAAAAUGGAACCAUGUAUCACACCAUACUCUGAUCAUGAUCAUAAGGCUGGUGGAAGUGAAUUGCCUGCGUGGCCUGCUAGAUUGACUUCUCCUUCUCCUCGGCUUGCUGAUUUUAGCUAUUCAAAUGAUAUGUUUGAAAAAGAUACGGAAUCAUGGGCGCAGAGAGUUGAGAACUACUGGAACCUUCUAAGUCCCAAGAUCCAGUCUGAUACUUUGAGGAAUGUGAUGGAUAUGAAGGCACAUUUAGGAUCAUUUGCAGCAGCUUUGAAGGAUAAGGACGUUUGGGUAAUGAAUGUUGUUCCAGAAGAUGGACCAAACACACUUAAGGUGGUAUAUGAUCGUGGUCUUAUUGGUGCGGCUCACAACUGGUGUGAGGCCUUCUCAACAUAUCCCCGGACUUAUGAUCUACUCCAUGCUUGGAACAUCAUCUCUGACAUUGAGAGGAAAGGUUGUAGCCCUGAGGAUCUUCUUCUCGAGAUGGACCGAAUUCUCAGGCCAACUGGUUUCAUUAUUAUCCGAGACAAACAAGCCGUAGUGGACUUUGUAAAGAAGUAUAUGUCAGCUUUACACUGGGAGGUAGUUGCAACAGGUGAUGCAAGUUCAGAUUCAGAUCAGGAUGGGGAUGAAGUUGUGUUUGUUGUUCAAAAGAAGCUGUGGCUCUCGAGUCGAAGCUCCAGGGAUGCAGAAUAAGUCAAAACCCACAAAGGUUCUGUUUCUCUUUGCUCCUUAAAUGUUUCAUCUGCCCAGAAUUUGGAGGCCAAAUCCAUAGCAAUCAGUUUCUGUUACAUCCUGUAGAAUUAACUUAAAAUUAUUUUAUUUGUAUCCUUUUAUCCGCCUUUUUGGUUAAGUUAUUUUUUUUCUUCAUAUUAUGGUUUUGAAUGUUAUUAUCACUUAUUAGUAGGUUUUAGUUGAUUAGCCGAUAGAUAAAGAGAGCGUCUAUAGGCUAUUUGUUAUUGGUUUAUUCCUCGACAUAUGUAUUGAGCAUACUUACAGAUACUUCAGCCAUUCAUUAGUAAUUGUAACAAGACACUACUAUACUGCUGAAGUUUGAAAGGGGAUUUAAAUUUAUAAUUUUGCUUAAUAAUAGUAAUAAUUCAUCAUCA